AAUAGCUAGUGCAUGAUUUCGGCCGUGUUUCGGUGCAAUUGUUCGCCGGAAGUUUAUUUACGAGGAAGCUAACAAAUCAACAUGGCACAAAGCAAACUGAAUGAUUUGGCCGGAAAAUUCGGCAAAGGUGGUCCGCCUGGGCUUACGACGGGUCUGAAAGUACUGGCCGGGGUUGGUGCUGCAGUUUACGGUCUCAAAAACUCCAUGUACACGGUCGAAGGUGGCCAUCGUGCGAUCAUUUUCAACCGUAUCGGCGGAGUCGGUGAUGAUGUGUUUGCCGAGGGAUUGCACUUCCGAAUGCCGUGGUUCCAGUACCCGAUUAUCUACGAUAUCCGCUCGCGGCCGCGCAAGAUUUCCUCCCCGACUGGCUCGAAGGAUUUGCAGAUGGUGAACAUUUCGCUGCGCGUACUGUCGCGACCGGACUCCCGCAAACUGCCCGUCAUGUACCGGCAGCUCGGUCAGGAUUAUGACGAAAAGGUGCUGCCCUCGAUCUGUAACGAGGUGCUGAAGAGUGUCGUAGCCAAGUUCAAUGCAUCGCAGCUGAUUACCCAGCGGCAGCAGGUUUCUUUGCUGAUUCGGCGCGAACUGGUGGAACGGGCCGCGGAUUUCAACAUUAUUCUCGACGACGUGUCGCUAACCGAGCUUAGCUUCGGCAAAGAGUACACGGCAGCCGUCGAAAGCAAGCAGGUGGCACAGCAAGAAGCGCAACGAGCAGCCUUUUUGGUAGAACGCGCGAAACAGGAACGGCAACAGAAAAUUGUUCAGGCGGAGGGUGAAGCCGAGGCGGCCAAAAUGUUGGGUAUUGCCGUGGGAGAGAAUCCCGGUUACCUAAAGCUGAGGAAAAUUCGUGCCGCACAGAACAUUGCCAGAACGAUCGCCAACUCUCAGAACCGUGUCUACCUCUCCGCCAACAGUCUGAUGCUGAACAUCCAAGAUGACACCUUCGACGAUAUGUCGAAGAAAGUUUCAAGUGGACAGCAGCAGGGUGGCUGGUUUUCGUCCUCGACACCUUCUGUGGUGGAGCAAUCACCGACCACCAGCCCUGCUUCUGUGAGUCGUCCCGGCGGCCAUUUCGUAGAAGAACACGACGAAAGCUUGAUAAAAGUAAUCGCCGAAGAGACGGUCGAUCGCUUGAAAGGGAACGUCCUGUAAGUAGCAACGAAACGUGUCCUUGGACAGCGAUGAACUCUUUCGGACCAUACCAACGUGCAUUUAGCCGAAACAUCCGUUGCACUGUUAUGUUUUGUAAUGUUUUGAUUUUAAUUUUGAUCCGUUACGCUACAGUUUGAUACUUAGCAGAUGCUAUAUGCCUUUUUCCAAUAACGUACAUUGACUAAAGUUGAACAAUGAUGAGCGAUUCGUGAACGAAAGAGCGUAAGAUUCCUUUGCUGGAAAAUGGUCAUUAUUUUAUGGCGUACCUGGUGUCACUUAAUAAAGUUGUAAAAAACCCGUUUAACUGUAUUCUUUGCAGCUAAGUUAGAGUCUUGUUUCGUUUGAACAUUAAUUAAAUGUCUUUCUAUGUGGCUACGAUCGCAAUGGCAGUAAAGUGUUGAA